ACUCUGGGAGUUUGUGCAAUCCAACAAGAGCUGUUAGUUACCAAAGCAGGGUUUGUCCCCGUGAAACUAACGGCAAAUGUUACGACAUCAACAACUGCUAAUAUUACAGCCAAAAUGGAAAUGGCAGUCGCACCAUUUGUGACAGUUCAUCCAAAAAAGAAGAUACGCAUGCCUGGUCAGAGUGUUACAUUCUGCUGUGAGGGAGAGGGAAAUCCUCCACCAGAAAUUGAAUGGUUUAAGGAAAACAACGUCAUCGACAAGAGCUUCUAUAAUAAUAACAAUAAUACUCUUGAAAUAAACGACGUUCAGGGUCUAAAUGGGAGUUACCGCUGUCGAGCGAUUAAUCAAUUUGGAUCAGAGUUUUCAAACGAAGCUGAUUUAAUGGUUUUAGAAAAUUCUGAGGAUUCUUGCUCUUCGAUACCACUUUCCAGUAAUGUGUCUCUACCACCUGGUUGUCUUGUUAAUGGUACAAACUCCACCACAGUGGACGUCGGCGAGUGCGAACCUAUUACAUGCGUAAAGAGAGGUGUUAACUUCACUUCUUCUUGUUCUGAUCCUCCCCUUUGUUGCAGUCCUCUUCUCUUUGAAAGUGUUGCAAUAAAAUGCGGUGUCACCAUAUCUUUCGAAAUGUCGGUGGUGAAGAGGUGCGGUUGUGGAAAAUGCAAGGAAAAACAGACUAUCAUCAGUGGUGUUGCUAUCGGUCAAGAUGGCAAUCCUGCCACUUCAGUUGAUUUAGUCUUCGGUGGAAAAUCUGUGGGUAGUACUGAUGCAAAGGGAAAGUUUUCAUUUCCUGUCCCAAAAACCACGAAAAGGGCAAUUGUUACUUUCAAAGACUUGAUACACAAAAAAUUUGUGGAAGAAGAAAAAAUUUUUGUUGUGGAAGAGGGUCAAACGGCUAUUUACACUGUGAAAUUAAGAGAAAAACCAGCGCCUGUUAUAUUCAAUGCCUCCGAACCACUUGAUGUACCAUUGGGUAGUGAUUCUUCUGAUGGUUUUGCUGAUCUUGAGCUGCCUGAAAACGCCCUGUUGAAUGAAGAUGGUUCUGUUUUCGAAGGAAUUGCCAAGGCCACCGUCAGUGUGACUGAUCCUCGCAACCAAUCUGAUAUCGAGUCCGCUCCUGGAGAUUUUAGUGCAAUGAGUGAGGAUGGCGAGGAGGAACUACUUCAAACAUUUGGCAUGAUAAAGGUUAAUCUGGAAGACGACAAUGGGAAGCCGCUGACCAUGUCUAAGCCCAUGAAAGUAUAUCUAGAUCCAGAAAAGCUCAAUUUGACUGGAUCUGAUGGUAAUGUCUCUGUGAAACUUUAUUGGCUUGACAAAAAAACAGGACGCUGGAGGGAGGCCGGUGAAUUUAAGCCAGAAGAUGGAAAACACCAAAGAAGGAGGCGUUCUAAGCGAAUGUUUCUUGCAGGAACAGUGACGCCCUAUUUGGGAAAGCGGAACCUUAACUUUGAUACCCCAAAUGAACAAGUUGCUUUGAGAGUAACUGUCCCAGACAGUAAAAACGAUAAGGAUGGCGCUGUCUUAGUACGAGUAGGUUGCUUUAAACCCCCAAAAGGGUACAUAGAGAAAAUAACCACUUACGGUGUAGCCUGCAUUCCAAUUUGGAGAGAUGCUAAAUGCUUUGUCCACGCCUCAAGAGGUAAUAAUUAUUACAUAACUGAUAUAGAUGAUACGUCUGCACAGAAAAUAUUCGAUCAUGUUAAAGGCAGCGUUAAGUCGAUUACUGGAAGAGGAAACACCAUCACAUAUUAUUCUUUUGUGAGCAGUUUACAAGACGAUACAAGCAUUGACGGACCGACGUACUCUGUAAAUCCACCGGGAAAGAACAAAUGUGAAGACUCCCUGAACAGCUCACCACCAUCAAACCUAAAAAAAAGUCGUCAGUUCGUUUUUAAGAAGCCGGCCGACGACGAUACUAAGCCACUUCAACUACUUCACAAAACGCAGGCUCUGAAUUGGGCUACUGAAGUUGACGAAAAGUGUUUUAUUAAAAUCAAUUAUACUGGAAAAGAAGAAGUGGUAUUCAUGGCAACGAGUUAUGGGAACAAAAACUUUGAAAUCAAUUCAACAUACGGCUAUAACAUUAACACAACACAAUUCAUCUCUGGCAAGAAUGUUGUGUGCUUGCAGUUUAAAUGUCCAAAUGCGGACGAAAAAGGAGUAUUCCUUAUUCUGACGCCAAUAAACUCGAAGAUCAGUGGUAAAUUUCAUAUAGAUGAUAAUCUUCAACAAAUUAUGUCCUGUGACAAAGAUGUUCCCGUUGGUAAAGGCCAAGAGAUGAGGCUAUGUAUCACUUCCAAAUUGAUACGAUUGUUUAAACACGGAAGCUAUAGCAUUUGCCUCAACGACCAAGAGGAUCCUCAAGUAACAUUUAGGAAAGAGUGAACAGUUCUUCCUGGGGCAGCAUCCAAUUCCUGGAAGUUUACCUAACUGCACAUAUCUUCUCUUGAAUUUUUAAGGUUAUAUUGGAUGAUGUGCAUAAUAAUGAAUUCCACCAUGCUUUUCUU